AUGGAUACCCGCAAACCUACGGGCGAAGAUUCCGCGACAUCACCCGAAUUAUUCAGCAUCGACGAGGUCGACUUCAUCGGGGCGAAGGAUUCUACGAAUUCGGCGGCUUUAACUCAGACAUUCUCUGAUUUACGCGAACGUCCACGGGAUGAGAAGAAGUCUGCAGGUUACAAGUUGCUGCUCAAGAUAGUUGAGAACGUUCUUCUGCACCCCUGGGAUCACGAAAAAAGGCGAAUACGAGAGCAAAAUGCCCUGUACAGCCAGCGUAUUGGAAACGACAACCAGCUAAAAGCUGUGUUAGUGGCACUGGGGUUUCGCAGUAUUCACGGUUAUGCCGUACUACAAGUCGUAGAUGUGCCACUUCUACGCCUAGCCUACCGGUCCCUUAUCGCAGCUCUACAGGAAGAGUAUACUAUUUCCGUUAAGUCCCUUGAAGGGCACUUCUUCGACCCAUUCAAGGCGUAUAGACACAACAGCGACAUUAACAGGAACUCAGACGCCGACACUUUCGAAUGUGUUGGAAAGGAUUUGACAAGGCGUCAAAUUGAAAAGAUUAGCAACAAAUUGACGUGGCAACCAAAAAUACACGUGGAUGAGGGCAAGCCGGUGCCAAAAUCAGCCCACAAAAUAGAUGACAACGAUGUACAAGACGAUAAACACGCUGCGUCGCUCCUCAAGAAAAUAUUUAAAACCGGUAAAUGCAACUUCGAGUCCGCGUCGCAAAAAACACUUGAGGCUUUAAAUAAGCAGUGCGAACAUGCCGAUCAGAAGCAGACAGUCGAACUCAAAAUCAGGUUACCCUCCGCAACAGUGCUCACUAUUCAUCCACCUCUGAAGACGCCGGUGGCCACGCUCAAGCACGAAAUGCAAUCCUUGUUCAUCCCUGACAUCGCUGUGGACGACUGGGAGCUCGUUGAAAUGCCAACUCGGCGGGUUCUAGACGAGAACAAAACGCUGAUACAGCAGGACAUCACCCAUCGCGUGUUGUUGCAUUUCCGCCGCAAAGGUUCACACAUAAAAGACGCCCAAAUAGUCAGAGAUGAAAAUCUGGCGAAGUAUUCCGCUCCUUGA